CCUCUAUCUACCUAUCUAUCUUGUCUCUCUGGACCAAUCCACCUGUGCUUUGUACUCCGCUUCUCACAAAUCACCAUGCCCUCAAAUCCGUACCACUCAAUACCCAGUUCGUCAGUCAAUCGCAAACAGUGUAGUGAGACAAAUGCCCUUUUUUUUUGUUGCGUUUUGUUGUUUUCUGUCCGUGUUAUCCCCCAAGAGCGACGUUUCGCUUAGCCAACGCGCGCACAGUCAAGUCAUGACCGGUAGUCUGACACAACAUCUACUGGUUGUGGUUGUCGUUGCAGGACUCGCAGAGGUUGCCGCCGGUGAACUUGACAAUGUUGUUGCAGCCGCAGCUUCAGGUGCACUUAGGGUUGGCCAUGUCAACAGGAGUGUCGGUAGUGGUAGGGGCCUUGGCGUCACCGAAAGCGAGCUUGCAGAAGUUGGAGAAAGACAUGAUGAAAGAUGCGGUAGAGGGUUUGGUAGAAGAUUGUUGUGUGAUGGGUGUUUAGUGUUGAGGUGAGUUUGUGAGUUUGUGAGUUUGUGAAGUUGUGAA